UCUGUGUACACUGUAAGUGUCGUCGUGAGGAGCAUGCAGUGACGGCCAUGCCCGUAGAGAUGGAGAAGACAGUCACCAAACUGAUGUAUGACUUCCAGAGGAACUCUACCUCAGACGAUGACUCGGGCUGUGCCUUGGAGGAGUACGCCUGGGUCCCGCCAGGACUCAAACCUGAACAGGUUCAUCAGUACUACAGCUCCCUGCCUGAGGACAAGGUGCCCUAUGUGAACAGCCCAGGGGAGAAAUACAGGAUCAAACAGCUGCUCAAUCAGCUCCCGCCCCAUGACAACGAGGUACACUAUUGUAACACUCUGGAUGAUGAGGAGAAGCGAGAACUGAAGCUCUUCAGCAACCAGCGGAAGCGGGAAAACCUGGGUCGCGGCAACGUCCGUCCACUCCCUGUGACGAUGAUGGGAGCGAUUUGCGAACAGUGUGGAGGCCAGAUAAAUGGCGGCGACAUCGCUGUGUUCGCAUCCCGGGCGGGUCACGGUGUGUGUUGGCACCCUGCAUGCUUCGUGUGCAGCAUGUGCAACGAGCUGCUGGUGGAUCUCAUUUAUUUCUACCAGGAUGGAAAGAUCUACUGUGGCCGGCACCAUGCCGAGAGGCUCAAGCCGCGCUGCACCGCCUGCGAUGAGAUCAUCUUUGCAGAUGAGUGCACCGAGGCAGAGGGCCGUCACUGGCACAUGAAGCACUUCUGCUGUUUUGAGUGCGAGACGGUGCUGGGGGGCCAGCGUUACAUCAUGAAGGAGGGACGGCCCUACUGCUGCUCCUGCUUCGAGUCCCUGUAUGCAGAGUACUGCGAUUCCUGUGGGGAACAUAUUGGUAUUGAUCAAGGCCAGAUGACAUAUGACGGACAGCACUGGCAUGCUACGGAAGGCUGCUUCUGCUGUGCACGUUGUAAACGCUCUCUGCUGGGUCGGCCUUUCCUGCCCAAGCAAGGUCAGAUCUUCUGCUCCCGCUCCUGCAGUCUAGGGGAAGAGCCCAAUGGCUCAGACUCCUCUGAUUCGGCUUUCCAGAGUGCUCGCUCCACUAGAGAGUCCAGACGCAGCUCCAAAACCGCAAAGAAUGGAGGAGGUGGUAGGGUGCAGGCUGAAAGAUUUUCGGGAGAAGUGGACCCACUGUCUUUACAAAUGGAUCUUCUGAGUCUCUCCAGCCAAACACCCAGUUUGACUCGUGAGCCACCUUCCUGGCAGAACCAGGAUCAAGCAGGCGAUGAUUACAGUUAUGAAUCCCAAACUGAUCUAACUGCUAAUCCCACUCCUCUUCAGCUUCUUAGCCAGUGCAAUGUCAGAAGUGUCUAUAACCCCACCUGCUCCGGACAGAAUAAUCAACAGCAGGACUACAGGAUCAAGGAGAACGGAGGUUUAAAGCGACCCCCCCGUUUCGCCAUGAAAGGCCACUCUCUGAAUGAGACGUGGUUCCAACAGCAAGCUCCAGAAGAGUACUAUCCACCCAAACUGAGGACCCAAAAGAGCUUCACUGAGGUGUCCCACUGCUCUCAAAAACACAAUGGCUUCUCCUCAGACAAGCGUUCGAUUAGUUUGCACGGUUUUCAGAGGGAGAGGGACAGAGAUGUGGGGCCUCCAGCAACUACCCAAGUAGCAAGGAGCAGGAACCCCAUAAAUGCACUUAACUUGACAGAGCAACUGACCCCACUAGAACAGACCCCAAGAGGAUCCAUGGAGUCUCUGGCUUUCUCCAAUGCUACAGGCAACUCAGAUGCUGGAGGAAAGCGUCAGGAGCACCUUUCACGUUUCUCCAUGCCAGACCUGAGCAAAGACUCUGGAAUGAAUGUGUCUGAAAAAAGUAACAUAGACACCCUUAACUCCUCAGGGCAGUUUCGUAGUUCUGAGUCCAUUCAUAGUCUCACCGCUGGUCAGUCCUAUAUGGAAGUGAACCCCCACAUGCCCUCUCAAUACCAGAUGCAGUACUGUGAUCCUUCUGGCAUGGGCAUUACUCGUUUGCCACCUGGCUUCACCUUUCAGGAAGAGGAUGGGAUUAAUUUGGUGGGCAAUGCUAACGCUUCACGCUUGCCUCCCAUUAGUGAGCGCAGGGUGGGUGGUGGUGGAGGUGGAGGAAGGGGGGCAAGUAUCCGGAUAGAUGCUUCAGAAGGGACUCCACAGAGGCGUCGACACCACCAUCACCACUCUCGUAGAUCCCGUCGUUCUCGUUCAGAAAAUGCUCUCCACUUGGUGGCAGAGCGAAGACAAAGACCUCAAGAAAGACCACAGCUACAUGUUCGAGAGGAUUAUGACUGCUUCCCACCAUCGAGGAGCGCCAGGGACCAGUUUGGUGGAGGAGGAAGGGGAAGAUACCAACCCCAACUCUUCAGGCAGUGCCCCAGGACCACGUCAGACCUGAGUCUACAGAACCCUGGGGCCAACAGACGCAUUGGCUUGAACCAAUACUCCUGGGAUGAUUACGAUGACGAUGACUGGUGCUCCACUUGCUCUUCAUCAUCAGAAUCAGAGGAUGAAGGUUACUUCUUGGGUGAACCAAUCCCCAGGCCCAUCCAGCUGCGCUACCUCAGCAACCAGGAGUUGGUCCACAAGUACAACAACGCGGGGAUGGGAGGACCUAACCGCAGUGGGCAGUUACAUACCCGCAAACGCAGAAAAAGCAAGAACUGCAUUAUCUCUUAAUAUCUUGACAUUUGUUCAAUAUAUAACUUGUUAGCCCUUUUCAGACAUGCACUCUUUACCCUUAAUCUAACAGCAUCUGAACACGCUACUUCAGCAAUCCCAAUUUUACUAGACACUGGACAAGUCUGAAAGUAUGCCGUUGCACAAACAGAUUGGCUUGGAAAAGAUUAGGACUUUGCAUAUGUGUCUCCUGAGUUCCUCAGCUCACUAACAGACAUUAUUAUUUUAAAAAUUAACUAGAAAAUAUCCCAUGAGACACCAAUUUUCAAUGUGUGUUUCAUGGUCUCACAGAAGCUUAAAAGCUAUUCCCUUCUGAAAAUAGUUAUACAUAAUAAACUGAUGUUUUUUUUUUGUUUUUUUUUUUCCCUUCUAUACACCAGACAAAGUUCGAACAUCAAGCAUUUUCCACAUUUAAACUCCAUCAGUGGUCCAUGCAUACCACACGGACCGGUGACUUCAUGUAUGUAUAAUCUUAACAUACCGUAUUAAAGACAGACUGUGUUAAAGAUGACUUUAAUUCAGUUAUUCACAAAACCUUAGUAUGAGCUAAUGUUAACAAGUUAGUGUGCUUUUGACUGUUUAUGUACCUGCUGCAUCAGUUAGCAGCAAGAUUUAUUAAUUAUGACAAAUUAUCCUCAACAUGGAGACAGGAUUGAUGACACUGUGCGCGUCAGACAAGUGAGCUGCUGUUUAUAAGCUACAGUUUAAUAAUUGAGCGUAUCUCUGUGGAUGUAUUCCCAUGACUGCGUUCACAACAGGGCAUCUAUAAUUAUCAAAACAGAAUUGAAGACAGCAAGUUAUGAAAAUUGGAGUAUAUAAAUAUUACAUGAGUAUUGUCUCCUUCCUUCAGUGUUUUGUUUGAGUGAGGCCAUGAGAACAAAGUGACCUACAUGUGAAUGCUGUGACUUAAAUUUAUGAAGCCAGCAGUGUUACAUAUUCCAUGUCUGAAAAGGGCUUUUGUUCACCCUGUGUACACUAAAAUUGUCCAUCUGAAACAAAAAAACACACCUAGUUCAUCUAUUCAGUGUUAUUGAGCAUUGAUUAUGAUGUAAUUGAAAGUCAGUGAUAAAUUACAGUCAACAGUAAAAAAAAAAAAAAUAAUAAUAAAGUGCAUGUUUUUUUUUUCCUUUUUUGUUUUCUGUUUCACAAUAACUCCUGAGUAUUAAAGCUAACAGUUACAUGUGCAGUUCUGUCAAGUCAAAAUGUUUAUCAAAAGCUGAGGUGCAAUUUCUUUUUUUUUUUUUUUUAACUUAAUUUUCAUGCAGCAAACAAGUGUACAUUACCAGAUUGGUAUAGUUUUGCUUUUUCAUGCAAUGUGAUUUAGAUAUAGGAUAUAAUGUACUAUUGAAUUCAGCUCAUAGUAUGUAAAUAGAUAAAAUAAUUAAUAAUUUCACUUAAGUUAAUAAAGUCGGUGUAAAUAUGGUUGUAAAUGAAACCUCACAUAUUUUUAUAUUUGUAUAGAUGGAAUCAUUUAUGUAUUAAAUAUCUAUAAUGUAGAUAUAGAAAACGACCAAAACAACGUAUGCAUGUGCUAUUUGGCUGAUCUGGUCCUGCGUUUGGAAUAAAGGAGUACUUCAGUGAA